CCAGCAGGCGACAGAUGAGCCGGUUCCCUCUGCCUUCACCACAGUGAACAGCUCAGUGUGAAGGAGAGGUCUCUAACUCUGUCUGAGGACCAAGUCUAAACUUGGGAAGAAACUUGUGAAUCAUCAUCAUCAUCAUCAUCAUCAUCAUCAUCAUCAUCAUCAUCAUCAUCACAGUGUGUUUCCAAACACUGGAAGUCUCAUCAGGAUUUUUUAAUUUUUAUUCAGCCUCUUCACCUUCUGGUCCACCACUGCAGCUCGACCAUGGUUCUGUGCGAGGACGGUGAGUGCAGCGUGUGCCUCUCGCCGUACUCGAGGGCAGACAGGGUCCCCCGGGUGCUCCACUGCAGACACACCUUCUGCGAGCUGUGCCUGGAGACGAUGUCACAGACCAGGAGCGCCCUGCUGACGGUGCCCUGCCCUCUGUGUCGCCGGGUGACCUGCAUAGGCCGCGGCCUCAGCCUGCAGGAAGCUCUGUGGGUCAACAGCAGGCUGUGGGAGCAGAUAGAGGAGGUGGAGGAGGAAGUGGAGGAGGAAGAGGACGGGCUGAAACAGGAAGCUGAGGGGGAGCGGAUCGAGGCCAAACAAGAACCCUCGUUACAAGCAGAAUGCGUUUCCUCGAGCACCACGAGAGCAAAGCUGAAAUUACCGGCAUUCCUCAGAAAGUUCAGUUUGAUGAAGCAGCACAGAGAGAGGAUCGUACCCGGCAGCAACGUGGAAAUGAAAUCCUGGCGCAGACUUUCAACUGAAGAGACACUUUAAAGAAGAAGAGCUGGACCGAGAGUGACCCGACAUGUUCUCACGAUAUCAGACGCCUCCUGAAGACCGGACUCUGCCUCGUCAGUGGAAGGAAAGUUGUGGCCAUGAGGAACAGGAUCCAUUUGUGUUCCUGUCAACACGUUGUUUUGUCCUCAGCCAAAGGCGCCCCUGUCUCCGCAUUAUUUAUUCUAGGCUUGAUUCUCCCAGCUGGUGCUGUGGGAUUUGGUUCAGCUGUCCCAGAGGGGCUGACACCCCGAGACCCCUGAGACCCCGUCCCAGCAGAUGGUCUCCUGAGGACGUUCCCUUUUACAUCCGAGCAUAACUUAUCAUUUUCUUUUAUUUAUGAUAGCAAGUAGCAAAAGUAUUUAAUAAAACUAUUUUUUGAAAGAA